AUGACCGUGUGGACACAGGACCUGGUGGCUAAGGUGGAGCGGACAGGAAGGUCCACUGGAGUGGAUGGAGUGCAAGUCGUUGCCAGUACUGAUGCAGGCAGUGCCGGAGCGCUGGCUCCCCAGCACGUUCGAGCUCAUUCCUCCCCAGCUUCCCUGCAACUGGGGGCCGUGUCUCCUGGGACACUGACCCCCACUGGAGUGGUCUCGGGUACCGCGGCUACACCUGCUGCUCAGCACCUGCGACAGUCUUCUUUUGAGAUACCCGACGAUGUCCCUCUGCCCGCGGGCUGGGAGAUGGCAAAGACCUCUUCUGGUCAGAGAUACUUCUUAAAUCACAUCGAUCAGACAACAACAUGGCAGGACCCCAGGAAGGCCAUGCUCUCCCAGAUGAGCGUCACGGCACCCACCAGCCCACCGGUGCAGCAGAACAUGAUGAACUCGGCCUCAGGUCCUCUGCCUGACGGAUGGGAACAAGCCAUGACUCAGGAUGGAGAAAUCUACUAUAUAAACCAUAAGAACAAGACCAAUUUUUUAUUAGACCGAGGUUUUGACUGCUUGUUUGCCGUGAACCAGAGGGUCGGGCAGAGCGCCCCGGCGAAGCAGCCCCCGCCCCUGGCCCCGCAGAGCCCACCGGGGGGCGUCCUUGGCAGCGGCGGCUCCAACCAGCAGAUGCGGCUGCAGCAGCUGCAGAUGGAGAAGGAGAGGCUGCGUCUGAAGCAGCAGGAGCUGCUCCGGCAGGCAAUGCGGAAUAUCAAUCCCAGCUCAGCAAAUUCUCCAAAAUGUCAGGAAUUAGCUCUUCGUAGCCAGUUACCGACACUGGACCAGGAAGGUGGGACUCAGAACCCAGUGCCUUCGCCUGGGAUGUCUCAGGAGCUGAGGACAAUGACGACCACUAGCUCCGAUCCCUUUCUUAACAGUGGCACCUACCACUCCCGUGAUGAGAGUACAGACAGCGGACUGAGCAUGAGCAGCUACAGCGUCCCUCGAACCCCUGACGACUUCUUGAACAGUGUUGAUGAGAUGGACACAGGCGACACUAUCAACCAAAGCACCCUCCCCUCUCAGCAGAACCGCUUCCCAGACUACCUAGAAGCCAUUCCUGGGACGAACGUGGACCUCGGGACGCUGGAGGGGGACGGGAUGAACAUAGAGGGGGAAGAGCUGAUGCCUAGUCUGCAGGAAGCCCUGAGCUCAGACAUCCUCAACGACAUGGAGUCCGUGCUGGCCGCCACCAAGCUCGACAAAGAAAGCUUUCUCACAUGGCUAUAG